UGCCGAGAGCCAACCCUCCGGCCUGGCUGCUUCGGGCCUGCCUCACUAGGCAGAGGAUGCGCAGCCACUCCAUUGGAACGGAGGACCUGGCUCAGGGGAGGACGCCACCGCACCACGCGGACCUGACUUGGAGCCUGAGGGCGGACAAGAUCGAAGAUCUAAUGACCCUAGAAGUGCUACAGAACAUAAAUGCACUCUUUCAGAAGUAUGAAAAGAGAGGAAGACAGAUGCUGGACAUGGAAACGUUCAAAUGCAUAAUGAAGCAGAGUAUGAGGUCACAGAGUAAAAGUAUUAAACAAAUAGAACAACUUUUCAUGAAAAUAGACUAUGAAUCAAUGGGCAGAAUUGAAUGGGAUGGUUUCUGCACAUAUCUGCAGCUCCAGUAUUCAGAGCAAGCGGAUGCUUUGGCCCAACAGAAAGAGGUUUCCUUCCAGCUGCCUGCUGUGCCGCAGGGGCCAGCACAUGGGGGUCCCGUGCUGCGCAUUCUCUCUAUGCCUGACGACACCUUAAUCAUGAUCAGAGAAGAUGGCACGAUUUAUUUCUGGUCCCUGCAGCUGAAGUUGAAAAGGAGAAAGAGAGUUUUUGACAAGUCCAUCAGCCGGAAGCCGAGGUGGGUGACAGAUGUCAUCAGCAUGCCACAGUACAACAAACUGAUCAUAGGGACUGGAAACCGUGAAAUCCAGCUGUAUGAACUCUCCAACUUGGAGCCUUACUGUCAGAUUGGUGGCCUGGAAACUGUCCCUCUGAGACUGGACUACAGUUAUGAGGAUCCUGACAAGUGCCUGAUUCUCUACGGCGAUGAUAAGGGACGUGUGAACAUUCUGUCACUGGCUUCGGUAGGUGAGCUAUUAAGAACUUGGAAUAAACUGCCCAAAAUUGAGAACAUGCCAAACAUUAGCAUUAAAAAUGCUAUGGCCUCUCCAAAUGUGAACUAUAUCUACUGGAGAGUACACGGAGACUGGAUUACUCAGCUGAACUACUACAAUUCUAUCAAAGCUGUCAUUUCAAGCUCCAACCACGACCCUACUGCUCUAGUAAUAGAAUCUUGAUCCAGUUGCCAUGGAACAUCAUGGAAAAUCAGUAAUGAGUCAUGCCUGAGAUCUCAGCCUUCUAUGAAGCACCACCUUGCUUCCCCGAGGCCCCUUCUACCUCUGAUUCACAGCCUUCAAGCUCACGUUGUCUUUCAAGGAAAUCUUCCUUUAUACAUUUCUGAUUCACUGACAUUUAAAUCAGCAAAGCAUUAGAAAGAGACGUGCAACGGUUAAGAAGUUUCUUGGGAAUUUUCAUUAGACAUUCUUAGAACUGGGAAAUUGUGGUUUUCUGGAACUAGAAUGGGUAUGAAUACUAAGAAACUAAAAUUCAGCCUUCAGAAACUGAAGCAGCUCAAAAUUGAGUGUUUGUGCAGAAUAGAAGCAAUAAAUCCAGAAUGAGGAUCUCUGAGUUCUAACCCUGGCUCUGUAAGUCACAGAGUUGUGACCUCAGGCCUCAGUUUCCUUUCUAGUUCAGUAAAAAUGCUGGAUAUGAGUUCUAAGGAUUCGUCCAGCUCACAUUCUCAGAUCCCUAAUUUUGCCAUGAGUUUCCUGUCCAUCCCUUCUUCUUUCUCAUGUUCCAGAAAGCAGGGGCCCCUAAAGCUCCUUACACCUUGAAUUUCCAAGUGUCUCCAGAGAUCUAGACAAGUCUAUGACAGAAAGAGUCGGUGCCCUCCUCACUCUGGUUACCAUCGUGUUUUUUCUCUGGCAUGGUACUAAGAGGAGAAACUGGGACUUAAGGAGCCUUUGCACGGAGACUCCUGGGAAGAGCUCUCUCCUAUGCCUCACGUCCCAGUCAGUCUAAAACCCACAGUAAGCUGGCCUUUGUCCCUGCCACACCUCCAAACUCACUCUUGUCAGGGCCACCAGGGCCCCUAGUGCUGCUAAACGCAGGGUAGAUGUUUAUCCUACUGGCCUCUCAGCACCCAAAAAAACACAUGGCUCCGAUUCGCUUCCUACCCUUCCCUCACUGGGCUCCAGGCCCCCAGCCUCCCUUCUGCCCUUCCCUACCUCCCUCACAUGUUCUUGCGUGUCUCCAUGACCUGCUGCUGGAGCCCAGAAUUCCGUCCUUGCUCUUCCUCUCUUCCAUCUCCAUCAGGCCCUCAGUGAUUCCCUCCAGCACCAUUGCUUUCGGAUCCCAAAUUUAUGUCUCUAGCCCAGCUCUGUCCCUCAAACUUCAGUCUGGCAUUUCCAAUUGCCAUGGGUCUUUCUCUACAGGACCUUUCCCUUAGGAUGUUUCAUAGACAUAAAAAUUAAAUCCAAACCCAGAUCCACAUCUCCUCCCUCACACCAUCUUCCCCGGCUCACUUGAUUCUGAGUCCAUCCUUCCAGUUGCUCCAAUCAAAAUGUAGUAGUCACCCUUGACCCUCUCUUCCACCCACAUCCAGCCCAGUGGCUUUAUCUUCAUACUGCACCCAGGAUAUGACCACUUUGGCCCCAACCCCACUCCUACCAUCCAGUGAGUCACUCUCCUCUCUCCCCUGGAUUUUACCAUAAAAAGCCUUGAGCCUUGCAACUCUCCCUGCUUCCAUCCCACCCCUAUGGUCUCUUUUCCACAUAGCAGCCAGAGAGAUCCUGGAAAACUAGAUGUCAGUUUCAUCCAAAUCCUCCACCAGACCCCCCAUCUCCUUCACAGUCAAAGCUGAAGUCCCCCAGGCCUAUGUGUCAACCCAGCCUUUACCUCUCUGGCCUGGUUUCCCACUUCUCUCCCUCACCCACUCCAUCCCAGUCAUACAAAUAUCCUGGGAUAUAUUUAAGAUCUUUUCACCAGAUCCUCCCUCUGCCUGGAAAGUUCUCUGUGCAAAUGUCUACAUCACUCAUUCCCUCAGCUCCUUGAAGUCUUUGCUCAGAUGAGUCACCACUUGGUGAGGCCCUCCUUGCCCACUUUAUUAGACAUAUCCUGGAACAGCCCAGCUCCUGCUCCUGGCAUUUCCAGUCUUCCUUACUUUGUUCUUACCUUUUUUAAAUCCAUAAAUCCAAUCACCUUCCUUUAGACUAUAUAAUUUAUUUCUUGUUGUUUAUGGUCUGCCUUUCCCCAUCAGAAGGUAAGCCCCACAGAGGUAGAGGUUUCUGUCUGUGUUGUUCACUGUUAUGUUCCAAGUGCUAGAAAUAGUGCCUGGUACAUAAUAGGUGCUCAAAAAAUAGUUACUGAAUGAACUUACUUGUGGUCAGAAUUCAAACCACAUACCUUUUCUUCCUGCAUAGCACUCCUAAGCACUGCCCUCCAGGAAAAGUAGAAUUCUGUGGUGACAGGUUCAAAUGUUUUUCUACUUCCAUCUCCCCAUCCACUGUUCCCCAACAUGUCCCCACAGUGUCCUACACUCACAUCAUGUAUCCAUGUGUAUACACAGACACACACACACACACACACACACACACACACACACACACUUCUCCACAAGGUGCUACAGCACCAGGUCCCCGCCCCUAAAUGGGGGUUACAGAGAAGGCUCUAGUAUAGGAGGUGCUUUCAAGUGCAUUUGUUUACUUAAGGUGAUGGAAGAAAGAAAUCCCUGACUUCAUUCUGGUUAUUAAUGAACGUGAAAGGGAGAUACAUCUUGGUCAGACUAUAGAGAAGCCAAGGCUGGACCUUGAAUGUUUUCCCUCCUGCAGACCUGGGCAGGGCUCCACUUGUCACAACAGCUCUGUGGGUUUCUACCACACUGAGGAAACUGAUGGAAGAGAGGAAUAAGAUAAAAGGAAGGAUGGGCAGGAAAGGUUCCAAGAUCCACCUCGAAAGAGGAAGAGUCAAAGUCUGAGCUUUGAGGGAACACACCCACCUUGCUGCUUACCCCAUGGGAUGCUGGGAGCCCGUAACUAUAGACCUGGCUUCUGGGUCAGCUCUGGUGCUAGAAGCUAUAGAAUCCGGCUUCCUGUAGGAUUCCAGUACCUGAAGAUUUAUUUGCUAGUUAGUUUACUGCAGAUCUGAACCUGCCUUGAAUCUGCUGUAGGUUUCCAUGGUGAUUGCUUUAAACUUUUCAUCAUCCUUCCUUCAGACCUUGGGGGAGAGCUAUGUUCUCUGGUUUCCAUGACAACCAUUUAAACAUGUAUCUUUGUCUGGCUCUGUUGGAAUAGAACUGCUAGAGAUCAUGCAAAUGAACUGGCUGCUUUCCCUCGACUUAAAAUAAAUAAAUA